UCCAUUAAUAGUUGUUAGGACGUCGGAGUUUAUUGCGUAUGAAUUAUUGCACGACAAUGGGAAAUGAGGGGAGGAGCGCUUAAUUGAAUUAGUUUUUAGCCCAAUUCGUGCGGAAUUGUAAUUAAAUGGACAAUAAAAUGUUUUACUCCGAAUGUGUACCGAAUUAAAGUCAGAAUAAUAUUAUCGGCAGAUUAGUAAUUAAUUUGUUAAUUAGUUUGCCGUACGAACUCCGCGUUUUAUCGUGACCGUCGUCGCCCGGUUUUUCAAUAUCCAAUGAGAAAGUCCCGCGCCUAUGGGUACGGCCAAGGCUAUGGUGGACGGCCAAGGUGCUACAAACUGGGCCAAACAUAAGUCUGAUGUCACCGAGAUGUGCGACAUAAUUAAGAGCCGUAGUUCCGCCGACACGAGAGAUAAUGGGAUACGGCACGGAAAUGGAUGGCUGCGGACGUUUCAUGAAAUAUUCCCUGUUCUUCACGAACUUCGUCAUCUUCAUUGGUGGGAUUGUCGUAACGGGCUUGGGCGUGUGGGCCUUAGUUGACAAAGUACCAUGGAUAGGUGAACUCGUAGGAAACGAUCUGUUAACCGGCGCAGUUUACGUUUUACUGGUCGGCGGUAUCGUCGUGGCGUUUAUCGCCUUCUUCGGGUGCGUCGGUGCAUCGCGGGAAGUCAAGUGUAUGCUCUUGACGUACUUCAUAAUCGUAUUCCUGCUGUUUGUGACUAUGCUUAUCGGCGGCGUCCUGGGGUACGUUUUCCGCGAGAAAUUGCUGAGCACGGUCGAUAGAGAGAUGAAAAGUUCGCUCCGACUUUACGAUCAUCGUAAAUCCAUUCGUGAUGCCUGGGACACCACGCAGUCGACGCUCCACUGUUGCGGCGUUAACAGCUGGAGGGAUUGGGGAAACUUCGGUCUUAGUGUGCCUGAGAGCUGCUGUCGAGAAGUUCAACCUGGCCAGCGAUUCCAUUGCAACGCCGGCUCGGACACGGUAAAUCCUUCCAACGCUUACGUGGACGGUUGCAUCAACGGAACGCGAAUCUACAUGCAGCAACACGCGGCCGUUAUGGGUGGUGCUGGUAUUGCAGUUGCAUGUCUCAUGUUCUUCGGAAUGAUAUUCUCUUGCGCGCUCUUUAAAAUGAUCGAAUGACAACAGGACAACAGUAUAGUCUAAGGCUGAGACAGUUUUCGUAAAAGAGAAGGAGGAAGUGGCGAGUCUUCGAAAUUUACAGAAGAUUCGAACAACUUUACCAAUCAAUAAAAAUUACUCGUCGCCAUAAACGCGGUUGAUUACACCGUGAUAAUCAAAGAAAGUAAAUCUCCAUCCAAUUGUACAGGUCUCACUAAUUUGUUACACGUAUAUAGCAUUACGCAUUAUGAUUACUCUUUAUAUUUUUUAUGUAAUUUAUAUGUAUAAGAUAAUUUCAUUUAGUUGCGUAUAUACAUAUAUCUCACUAGUAUGCUAAUCAUACAUAUACUUUAUACAUUGUGCCGUAAUACAUACACUAUGUAUAUAUAUAAUAUUGCGCAUUUAUAUAAUCCUUUGAAUAAACACUUUGAUCGAUAUCAAAUAAAAUGUAAUAAUUUUA